AUGCUACUCAAAGUACUGAUUUUAUCAUUUAUAGAGCUAGCAAAAGUAACGCUUGAAUGGUUAGGUAAAUUAUCGUUCGCAAAAAUCGUUUUAUUGGAUUGGUUCGUCAAUUGGUUAGUGAUGUUAUUCGUCGCAGCGGCUACGACGUUAUUGUUAGAUGCAUUGUCACGAUUGAAUGAAUUCAACAGCGAAUUGGUGAAGGAGACAAUUUUUGGAUUACAACUAAACAAACCCGACGUCAUAUUGUUAAAUGAGCGAUUAUGA